ACCUAACUGGAGAAUUCUCUCUCUCUCUCUAGAUCAGUCGAUCAAGCGGCGCCCCGCUCCGAUCACCUCCCUCUCUCCCAAUGAAGAGAAUAUCUUCGUAGUCUCCCUCUCCCUCUCCCUCCUGAGAUCCUUCGACUAUGAAGCCAACCGUAACCAAAUCCGAAAAUCAAAGAUUUCCCGUCACCGAAAGCGAAAUCUCGUGGGCCGGAACCAAGGCCCAGAUCAGGCUGCUUCGAUUUCGAGAUUUCAGGCCAAAAAACUCUGUCAUGGUACAGGGUAAGAUCCCGGAGCCAAGCGAGGAGCUGAGGCCGCCCUUGACGAAUAUGGUUCAGGGUCCCACGGAUCUGUUGGGUCUCGACCCGGACAAGGUUUUGAGGAAUUUUGUUGUCUGGACUGGUUGGUUGAUUUGGUCAAGGAUUCGAUAGAAAACCUACAGGAUUACACCAAUUUCUGGUUACGAGCUUUAGGCCAACCUUACCUUGCUUUCAAUCCUGGCCUUGUGAGAGAUACCUUGGCAUAUCAUGGUUGCGCUGAACUUUUUCAGGUUAGUUUCCCAAUUUUCUCCUUGUUUUGUUGGGUAUUUGAUUAUGAGCUUGCUGGUUCAAUACGAAACUUAUUUCCAAGACCAAGAUUAGCUGUUAGAGCAUAUA